AGUGGAAAGAACAGAGCCACACGAGACCCAAGAAAAAGAUGCCAUUUUUACACAAAAUGCUCACGACACCUCUCUGCUUCUUCGUCUUCUUCUUCUUCCUCCUCUUCUUAUCUCUCCCUCUCUCAUCUAUCUCUCAACCUACCUCUGUACACAACUCAUUCCUCAAGUGUUUCUCCGAGAAAACCAAAUCACCCCAAUCCCAAAUCACCGACAAUGUCUUCUCACAGAGCAGCCCUGCUUUCUCUUCCGUCCUCCGUGCUUACAUCCGCAAUGCGAGGUUCAACACUUCAUCCACUCCAAAACCCACGAUCAUCGUCACUCCCCGCUCCGAGAGCCACGUCAGCGCCGCCGUCAUCUGCUCAAAAUCCCUAAAUUUCCUCCUCAAAAUCCGAAGCGGCGGCCACGAUUACGACGGUCUCUCUUACAUCUCCGAUAAACCCUUUUUCAUCCUUGACAUGUCCAAUAUCCGCGACGUUUCCGUCGAUAUCGCCGCGAACUCGGCUUGGAUCUCCGCCGGAGCCACUCUCGGCGAGGUUUAUUACAGGAUUUGGGAGAAAAGCAGAACCCAUGGCUUCCCUGCCGGAGUUUGCCCGACGGUUGGUGUUGGUGGGCAUUUAAGCGGCGGUGGGUAUGGAAACAUGUUGAGGAAAUUUGGGUUAUCUGUGGAUCACGUCGAGGAUGCGAAGAUCGUCGAUGUAAAUGGUCGGGUUUUAGAUCGGAAAGCCAUGGGUGAGGAUCUUUUCUGGGCUAUUACCGGUGGAGGAGGAGGUAGCUACGGCGUCGUAUUGGGAUACAAGGUCAAGCUCGUUCCUGUACCAUCGAUAGUUACUGUUUUUAGAGUGGAGCAGUAUAUGAACUCAGGAGCUGUGGAUAUGGUUUCUAAAUGGCAAUCCGUGGCUCCCAAGACAGAUCGUAAUCUGUUUAUGAGGAUGUUGAUUCAACCCGUGACGAGGAAUAAGGUGAAGACUGUGAGAGCCUCCGUGGUUGCUCUGUUUUUAGGCAGAGCAGACGAAGUUGUUACGUUGCUUCGUAAGGAGUUCCCUGAAUUGAGCUUAAAGAAGGAGAAUUGUACGGAGAUGACUUGGUUUCAGUCUGCUUUAUGGUGGGAUAACCGUCUUAACGCGACUCAGGUUGAUCCUAAAGUGUUUCUUGAUCGGAAUCUCGAUACCUCUAGUUUCGGUAAGAGGAAAUCGGAUUAUGUCGAGACUGCGAUGCCUAAGAAAGGGAUUGAGUCUUUGUUCAAGAAGAUGAUCGAGUUAGGGAAAAUUGGGUUGGUUUUUAAUCCCUAUGGAGGUAAAAUGGCCGAGGUUCCGGUUAGUGCCACGCCGUUUCCGCAUAGAAACAAGCUUUUCAAGAUUCAGUACUCUGUGAACUGGAAAGAAAACUCUCCAGCGAUAGAGAAGGGAUACUUGAAUGAAGCUAGAGCGCUUUACAGUUUCAUGACAGGGUUUGUGAGCAAGAACCCUAGGAGUGCUUACUUGAACUACCGGGAUGUAGAUAUCGGUGUGAACGAUCACGGUAAGAAUAGUUACAAGGAAGGAGAGGUGUAUGGAAGGAAGUAUUUCGGAGUGAACUUCGAUCGAUUAGUGAAGAUCAAAACCGCGGUUGAUCCGGGGAAUUUCUUCAGGAAUGAACAGAGUAUACCUACAUUGCCAAAUGCAAAGGGAACGUUGUUGCCUGAGCCGGGAACCGCAAGACGGUGGUCACGAGCUGGCAGAGCCACCCUAGCUGCCACGGUUGUCUUACACGUCUUCUAGAAUCUUGCGAUUUGCUUUUUGUUGUGUUUUGAAUCGUUGAGUGAUGACUGAUGAUGAUCUCUCUUCAUAAGAUGAACAGAGCCUCACUCGUUUUCAGAUCUUUAGAAGUUAUCUGAAAUUUUUUUUUUAUUUUUUUGAAACUACAUAAAGUUAUCUGAAGUCGCAAGAAUAAUUAAAAGAUUCAAGAUUUUCAUUAAAAAAUGGAAA